AUGAGGGCAUCAAAAAUUUCUUCAGGGAAUUCAGGCUAUCAUGUAUGGAUUCUUUCUUUUGCAAUGAUUCUAUUGCUACUGAUAGCCUUAUCAAAGUCAUGGAUUCAUGAUCCCCCUUCUGUUACAGCAAGUGAAAAUGUUCAGUUUUCGGGAAUUGUUCCUUUGAAAGGGAAGGAUCAUCCUCCUGUUCUUGCUUAUUGGAUAUGUGGAACUAGUGGAGACGGGAAGAGGAUGCUCAGGCUAUUGAAAGCGAUUUAUCAUCCAAGGAACCAAUAUCUACUGCAACUUGAUGCCGAAGCAUCAGAUUAUGAAAGAGCAGACUUGGUUGUUUCAAUUCAAUCUGAAAGCUUGUUUCAAGCGUUUGGUAAUGUUAAUGUUGUCGGAAAAGGUUACGCUAUUAACCAAAUGGGAUCUUCUGCCCUCGCUGCCAUACUCAAUGCUGCUGCAUUGCUUCUCAGGCUAAGUCCAGAUUGGGAUUGGUUCAUCAAUCUAAGUGCCUCAGAUUAUCCCCUAGUGAGUCAAGAUGAUCUCCUCCAUGCCUUCUCUUCCUUGCCAAGAGAUCUCAACUUCAUCAACUAUUCUAAUGACACUGCGAGAAUCGAGAUGCACAAGAUUAACCAAAUUGUUGUAGACCCUAGCUUGUACCUUAAAAAGAGGAGCCACCUUUACUAUGCUGUCGAGACUCGAACAACACCUGAUGCUUUCAGGAUCUUUGGAGGAUCACCCUGGAUGAUUCUUACAAGAGCUUUCAUGGAGUAUUGUGUCGAAGGAUGGGACAACCUUCCUAGAAAACUACUAAUGUACUUCAGCAACACAGCAUCCCCACUCGAAUCCUAUUUCCACUCUGUCCUCUGUAACUCUCCUGAGUUCCAGAACACAACAGUAAACAACGCUUUAAGGUACAAUACUUUGGAAAGUUCUACAGAUGGGGAAUCACUCUAUGACAAAAUGCUAAGCAAUGGGGCAGCAUUUGCAAGACCAUUUAAGGAAGAUGCUGCUGCACUAAGCAUGAUAGAUGAGAUUGUCUUAAACCGUGAACCAAAUGGAUUGGUGCCUGGAAAAUGGUGCUUAGACCAAGGCAUGAACAGGACUACAGAAGCUUCAAAGCCUGCAGGGGAGGGUUUGUGUUCAGCUUGGGGUGACAUUGAUGAUGUUAAGCCAGGGCCUUAUGGUAUCAAGUUUGGAUCUUUGUUGUCGAAGAUUGCCAGUGAAGAGAAACUGAGAACUAGUCAAUGCCUUCAAGCAACAAAAAUGGGGUCGUCAUAA